UCGAUGUCCCAAAACGGAGACAAUGUGGCAAGGGUAAUCCUUGACGAACCCUCCCUUGCGCAGGCUAAUACACUGAGCACCCCGAUGAGCUCCCUUUCAGCUCAAAGAUUCAUUGCUAAACCGAGACACGUGUGCGGCAGGCACCCGAUCUGACCUAUCACAGAUUUGAAACUGUGACCAAUUUACUGAUCUGAACUCCGGAACCCUCCCAAUGAGAGACGAAUUCAAAUCCGUUGCAGGUGGUUCUACGUGGCUGAAAAUCAAAACCAAAGGAUGGAUGCCACGUGGAAAUAAAGUCUUUAUCGUCCGCGUCAGACUAAAGCAUCUUCUCUUCUAGUUACCAAAGAAUUGACUCUACGAGUGAUACUGUUGGGAGAUGGACGGAGGAGCACAGUACAAUCCGAGAACGGUGGAGGACGUCUUCAGAGAUUUUAAGGGCCGUAGAACCGGCAUGAUUAAGGCUCUAACCACUGAUGUUGAAGAAUUUUAUCAGCAGUGCGAUCCUGAGAAGGAGAAUCUUUGCCUUUAUGGAUCCCCAAAUGAACAAUGGGAAGUCAAUUCACCUGCUGAAGAAGUGCCUCCAGAGCUCCCAGAGCCUGCAUUAGGUAUUAACUUUGCCAGAGAUGGGAUGCAGGAAAAGGAUUGGUUGUCUCUGGUUGCUGUUCACAGUGAUGCAUGGCUACUUUCUGUGGCUUUCUAUUUUGGGGCUAGAUUUGGUUUUGACAAAGCUGACAGGAAACGUCUCUUCGCUAUGAUUAAUGAUCUUCCAACGAUUUUUGAGGUUGUUACUGGAAGUGCAAAGAAACAGGGAAAGGAGAAGUCAGCAGUUUCAAAUCACAGCAGCAACAAAUCCAAGUCAAGCUCUAAAGGGAGGUCUUCUGAAUCUGGCAAAUUGUCAAAGACUGUGCAUCCAAAGGAGGAGGAUGAGGGAUUGGAUGAGGAGGAUGAGGAAGAGCAUGGAGAUACCUUAUGUGGGGCAUGUGGAGAGAAUUAUGCAGCUGACGAGUUCUGGAUUUGCUGUGACAUAUGUGAGAAAUGGUUCCACGGAAAAUGUGUGAAAAUCACUCCAGCCAGGGCGGAGCACAUCAAGCAGUACAAGUGCCCCUCCUGCAGCAACAAGAGAGCUAGGCCUUGACACCAGAGGUGGGUUCAUCUUCUGUAAAUUUCUCAUGAUUAAAUUAGCUAACUGUUUAGUUGUUCAGAUUUCCUGUAUCAUGCCAUGUUGGUCAGCAUAUUGUACUCAGUACUUUGUCUUGAAGACUAUAUCAUUAGGAUAUGUUAGUGUUAAACAGUUUGUAGUUUCUGAAUCGAACUGGGAAAUGUAUUUCCGUUGUCUAGAAAUUCCUUUUCCUUCUUAAAGGUGAAAAAUUAUCCAA